GGAGGCGCAAACAUGACAAAACUAAUAAAUUUAUUUUUAUUUUUGACAAUAAUCGCUUUGGCAUUAGCGAGGUCAGCAAAUUAUUUUCAAAAUAAUAAUUUAUUGAAGAGGAUAAACUCUAGACGUGGUGGUUUGGGUCAGAAAAUCGGUUUUGGGCAAACAGAUUUCGUCAAACCAGAUUGCGUAAUCAAUUUUAUUAAAAAGAUCGUUGGUUCUGGAAUUCAUUUCGAUCAGGAACCAGAUUUAAGUAGAGUCAUUGAAGGAACUAUGGCUUACUUUGAAAAGUUUUUCAAAAUGGGAUAUGUGAUGAACAAUGCGUUCCAGGCAAAGAAAUCAAAUAAAAGAUUAUUUGGAAUUUUAAAAGAUGAUAAGGAAGCUGAAUUCGCUGAGGAUAUUGCUGUGAUUUGGGAUGAAUUCUUCCAAACUAUGGGUGACAUAUUCAAUGUAGAAGCAUCAGAAAUAAGAAAAGAUUUUCCAGAACUUACACAAUUUGUUCCAAAUCCACAAAAUAUUUUUCCUUCUAUCAAACGACAGAACUGGAAGAGAACUGACUGCAACAAGCAUUCUCACGAUCGCUCAAAAAUUAUUUCCAAGUUACUUGAAAUUCGAAAACAAAAAACUAAACCAAUAUCACCAAAAUGGGAAACUUUAGGAAGAAAAUUAAACUUUUUGUCUAACAAAGACAAUUUCCAUGAUGAAAUUGGAAUUUAAAAAUU